GAGCAACUAAUAAUUCGAUACUAUUAUUCCUUUCUUUUUUUAAUUCAUUAUUCGAUACAACUUUUGUCCAACGAAUCCUAUUAUAUCGACGUGGUGCCGAUGCAGUUGAUCACGACCACGGCUUGAACACAGAGCAUGUCCAACACUCUUACGGUUCGGCCCGCGCUAAAGAAUGGCCUUAGCAAUGAUCCCUCUUCGGCUCCUACCCCAGUUCUGGGACACUCUGUAUGUAUACCGCAGUUCACCAGAGUCCAUAACUGCGACGCGCAGGUUGGAAGAUGGUGGGGGAACGCAGCGAGCUCUCCGUCAAUCGCUUUCCACUUCGUUUGGGAGUAUCGCCAAUCAGGGCGAAGAUGCGCACUGGAGAUGCGCGAAGAACGAAAACUGGUCUUUUCGCAGUUAUGGACUCUGGUGAACUGCGGUAUAGAUGGCUUAUAAUUACAUAUGUAGGUAUUUACAUGUA